CCCCGCCCCAUUCCCCUUCCUCCUCCGCCUCCGCCGCGUCCCCCGAUGGCGGCGUUCGCCGCCGACGAGUUCUUCCUCGACAUCGACGAGGACGGCCCGGGGGCGCUCGGCGAGGUCUCCUACUUCUCCUUCUCCGAGGAGGAGCACCAGUUCAUCCACUCCGACAUCGCCCCCGGCUUCGACAUCGAAACCCUAACCCCGACCCCCGGCUCCCCCUUCUCCUUGGACUCCGACCGCGACCGCGACCUCUCCCCGCCCCUCUUCCACAUGCGCAGCGCCAUCUCCCCGUCCCGCUCCCCGCCCUUCUGGGACUGCCUCGAGGAGGACCUCGCCGACAACCUCGCCGACGUCCUCGACUGGGAGGAGAUCCCCGACUCCGCCGACGACGCAUCCGCCCCCGUCGGUGCCGGCGGGACCGGGCCCGUCCGAGGCCAAGCCGGCGAAGGGAUCGGAGAGGUCGACCCCGACGUGUUCGGCUUCUUCAGCGAGCGGGACAUCCUGGGCGUGAUGGAGGGGGUCGACAGCGGGGACGAGUCCCUCUUCUCCGACGAGCCGCCCUUCAACUUCGGCGACCUCGACGACGAGGGCCAGGAGAUCGACGACAUGUUCCGCAGCGUGGGGUGGGAGGAGGUGAUCCCGCCUACGCUCGACAACGACGACGAGUUCGAAGUCCUGCCGGGCCACAUGGUGGACGCGGCGGUGGGGGGCGCGCCGCCUGCCGCGCGCGCGGCGGUGGAGCGGCUCCAGGUGGCGGUGAUCGGCGGGGAGGACGCCGCGCAUGGCUGCGCCGUGUGCAAGGACGGGAUCGUGCAGGGGGAGCUGGCCACGCGGCUGCCGUGCGCGCACUUCUACCACGGCGACUGCAUCGGCCCCUGGCUCGCCAUCCGCAACUCGUGCCCGGUCUGCCGUUACGAGCUCCCCACCGAUGACCCCGAUUACGAGAAGCAGCGGGCGAGGCGGUGCUCUGCUGGCGCCUCGGUGGGUUCGCCUAUGCACAUAUGAUCUGGGGUUUGCUUGGCGGUGGUAUGUCUUGGCUGCGAUUCCGUGGAAGUUAAGUGAGAAACCUCACUCUCUGACUGCCCAGUUAGGAUUAUUGGAGCUCACUAGCGUCAUACUUCUUUGGUUUUCAAGUGUUGGUGUAGCUGUUCUUCAUUGGGAAUUGGAUGGUAAGAACAAUGGUUGGUUACUUGGUUAGAGCUUCUGUACAUAUGCUUGUCCUGCUGCUUCAGUAAUACUGAAAACCACUUCACGCACGCAAUGCUGCUUUUUUAUUUGUAUUGUUUGUGACGGAUUGAUUCCUAUU